GACUUCCCUUCUCUGUGUGUGAUCAUCCAUUCCGCUUCGGGGGACCCAGCUAGCGAGUUUGAUUGACAGCGUCAGUGGUUUUGUUUAUGCCGCGGUCAGCUCGUGGCGGAAACACUGACAUUUUCGAUUUGCUGACGGGUAGAUGAUACCACAGUUUCCCACUUGGGAAGUACAGUACGUAUCAGAAUCAACCAAUAGCAAACUCUACGCAAAUAGCUUAAGUUCAUUUUAACUCGGAGGUCCCCAGUUUCAGACAUGACAUGAACGCGGCAUCACUCCUCAUUGGUUUACUGAAAUAAUUUGCGGAAGCCUCCUUGCUUUCUCUUUACAAGUUCACUGGCACUACAAAGUCUGGUAAGUAGCUACUACUAACAUGUUGAAUACGUAUGAUUAAGUCGAGGUGAUUCAAAUGUUAGUGUAAGUUAGCCUCGUUUGCUAUAUUUGCCUGCUACGUCAGCCUUCUUAGCUAGCUAUUACUUUAACACUGCUAGCUAUCCGCUUCCUGUCCGGGGAGCUAGCUGGUAGCUAACCUGUCUAGUUGGUUUGUAGGCUUGCGAAAAAGGCCAUACCAUUUUUGGUUGUAAUCGUAACAGUAUUUAAACGAACUGCAGCAUUGAUGUUGUGUUGCUACCAUUUGUUCAACCUAACUCAUGGUUUUGAUUGUUCAGCUAGCUAACAUCUAUAUGGUCGGCAAAUUAGCCCCCAAACUAGCUGUCGUCAGUUAAACAUACAUUUAUUAUCAUUCGCAGGGGACAUUUUCAGAUUUUUUUAGUUGUUGCUUUUUAAGCAGACCAGCCACUCUGAAAAGGGGCGUUUUUUGGCAAAGGCAUCGUUGGGGGAAACAUUUGCAGCGGGUGUGUUCCAUGUGUCAACACUAGAGUAAUUAGCCUAUCCCCAUACAGACAUUGGGCUAUCCUAACUUGUAGGCUUCCAUUAUUCUUGUAAUGGGCACAUGAUUUCCAUGAUGCAUGGGUAUUUAUGACUCAAGUAAUUGGUGCUCGUCUUUUUAUUUUAUUUUUAUAAACUACUUUUAAAAGCGACUAGCUACGUUUUUAAUCUGUUUUUCCCUUCUCCCAGGUCGACACAUUUCAAUUGAUUAAACAUGUUUCUUGCCAAAAGACUCAUCGGUGGCAUUCUUGAUGUCGUAAGGUAGGGAUCUGGCUGUAGUACUAAGGACGCCUUCUAAAUCAUUAUCUUAUUAUGUAUAAACAAUGUUCACCACAGGAAUUUAGUCACUACAUGUUUCUGGCGCAUUGCCUGAUGGGAAGGGGGUUGAGGAGGCUUUGUGGGUUGUGGGGGAGGAAGGGAAAUGAAAGUAGUCUAAUCUUAGGACUUUGCCACUCCUAAAACUGAUUGUGUCAUUGCAACGUCCAAGCUAUGUUGGAUAGGAGCAUGAUUCUUCAGCUAGUAACCUCAGGCCAUGACAAUCAAUGCCUCAUCAGACACUACAUGACCAAAAGUAUGUGGACACAUGCUUGUUGAACAUCUCAAUCCAAAAUCAUGGGCAUUAAUAUGCUUCUAUAACAGCCUCCACUCUUCUGGGAACAGUUUCCAUUAGAUGUUGGGACUUGCUUCCAUUCAGCCACAGGAGCAUUCGUGAGGUCAGGCACUGAUGUUAGGCGAUUAGGCCUGGCUCACGGUCAGUGUUCCAAUUCAUCCCAAAUGUGUUUUCGAUGUAGUUGAGGUCAGGGCUCUGUGCAGGCCAGUCAAGGUCUUCCACACCGAUCUCAACAAACCAUUUCUGUAUGGACCUCACUUUGUGCACGGCGGCAUUGUCAUGCUGAAACAGGAAAGGGCCUUCCCCAAACUGUUGCCGCAAAGUUGGAAGCACAGAAUCGUCUAGAAUGUCAUUGUCUGCUGUAGCAUUAAUAUUUCCCUUCACUGGGGGCCUAGACCGAACCACGAAAAACAGCCCCAGACCAUUUGAAACCCCACCUCUUUAAGGAAUACCUGGGAUAGGAUAAAGUAAUCCUUCUACCCCCCCCCCCCCCCCCCCCCCCCCCCCCCCCAAAAAAAAAAUUGUAAAGUGGUUAUCCCACUGGCUAUAGGGUGAAUGCAUCAAUUUGUGAGUCGCUCUGGACUAGAGCGUCUGCUAAAUGACGUAAAUGUGCCCUUGAGCAAGGCACUUAACCCUAAUUGCUCCUGUAAGUCGCUCUGGAUAAGAGCGUCUGCUAAAUGACUAAAAUGUAAAUGUAAAUUAUUCCUCCUCCACCAAACUUUACAGUUGCCACUAUGCAUUGGGGCAGGUAGCGUUCUCCUGGCAUCCGCCAAACCCAGAUUGUGGUGAAGCGUGGUUCAUUACUCCAGAGAGCUCGUUUCCACUGCUCCAGAGUCCAAUUGCGGCGAGCUUUACACCCCUCCAGCCGACGCUUGGCAUUGCGCACAGUGAUCUUAGGCUUGUGUGCAGCUGCUCGGCCAUGGAACCCAUUUCAUGAAGCUCCAGACAAACAGUUAUUGUGCUGACGUUGCUUCCAGAGGCAGUUUGGAACUCGGUAGUGAGUGUUGUAACUGAGGACAGACGAUUUUACACACUACACGCUUCAGCGGUCCCGUUCUGUGAGCUAGUGUGGCCUACCACUUCACGGCUAAGCCGUUGUUGCUCCUAGAUGUUUCCACUUCACAAUAACAGCACUUACAGUUGACCGGGGCAGCUCUAGUGGGGCAGACAUUUUACGAACUGACUUGUUGGAAAGGUGGCAUCCUAUGACGGUGCCACGUUGAAAGUCACUGAGCUAUUCAGUAAGGCCAUUCUACUGCCGAUAUUUGUCUAUGGAGAUUCCAUGGCUGCGUGCUCGGGUGUGGCUGAAAUAGCCAAAUCCACUAAUUUGAAGGGGUUUCCACAUACUUUUGUGUAUAUAUAGUGUAUCACUGUUUGGAAUGCUACCAAAUGACUAACCUGUUAAUCUCCCCUGUGUCCCCUGCAGCAACAUUGAUCCAGCCGCGUUUGUGCCCUCUGACCCAGUGAGUGGCAUCAAUAUUUUAUCAUUUAAGUUAUCACCAGAAUACACAGUAUCGCUGAAAAUGUGCCUUUGUUAUGGAUAAUAGUAACCUGAACUGUAAAUGCCUCAAUUACUAAUGUUGUUAUCCUGCAGCCCGCACCACGAAGGCCACUUGCGUACGCAGAGCAGAAUGAGAGUGAUGAGGAAAGACAGUUUCGCAAAGUCUUCCAGCAGUUGGCUGGAGAUGUGAGUACGAUAUGUCCCCGUCGCUUCUCACACAUUCCUAUUCUGGUUUACCUUCAUACUACCUCUGUAAAAGUAAACCCCCUGUGGCAAUGCUACACAUUGCCGUUAGAAAGGCACUGUGACUGCUGAAAUUGAUGCAGCCUAGCAGUUUGAUCUUCAUUUAAUUAUUUCAGAUUUUAACAAUGGCUCAAAUUCACUAUUGUAUAUUGUUAAGACACAUUAUGCAUGGUACUCUUCGAUGUUGGAGUAAUUAAACGGAAUAACUUUUCCCACAGGACAUGGAGGUGAGCCCAACCGAAUUGAUGAACAUCCUGAACAGAAUUAUUUCCAAACGUAAGCUAUGUUUCUGUCUCUGUUCGUGUGCCUGUCUAUGUAUGUGCUUGCGUGCAUUAAGUGUAAGCUGUUUGUUAAUCCCUCUAUCUCAGAAAGCCAUGUUUGAGAUGUAAUAUUUGUGAUUAAUUUCUCAGUGAGGUUGAUGUUUGGCCUCUUAACAGAAGUGUUUGUCACUUUGUGAGUCAGUAAGGGCAUGGUGAUCUGUGUGACCUGGCUGCUUUUGAAUUUCAGAUGGUGACCUGAAGACAGACGGGUUUAGCAUUGAGUCCUGCAGGAGCAUGGUUGCAGUCAUGGAUGUAUCCUUCCUGUUAUUACCUGUUUGUGGUAAUGCAUCUGAUGUUGAUGCAAAAGUAUCAUUUACAGAAUUUAGUGCCAUAAGGAUGGAGAGAUAAUUCAGACAUAGCCAUAUAAAAGGUCUCAGAACAAGGGGGAAGGUUUAUCGACAACCCAUGUUUCUCAAGGGUUUAGGUAAAUUUAAAAUCCAUCAUAUAAUACAUCUGAUGGAUUAUUUAAAUUGACCUAAACUCAUGGAAAACAUGGGUUGUCCAUAACCUCCCCCUUGUUCUUAGACCUUUACUAUGGCUGUCCAAAUUAUCUCCAUCCUUCCUAAGUGGGCAUUUGUUCACUUCCCUUCACUGAUUUUGAAAGGAAAUGACUGGUGUAAAAAUAUGGUGGAAACUCUCACCAAUCCAAUGCUUUUAGAGUUGUGGAAGUAGUUGUGCACAUGUUCACUUCACUUCACUGAUUUGAAAGGAAAUUCUCAAUUGGGAGUUUGUCCUCCCCUCGACUACUCCGUCCUCCUCUUCUCUGUGACCCGGAAACCGAUAAGUGGUCACCAUAUGUAGGAGUGUCAAUUCGUUAAUAGGCGAAUGGAAGAGUUUGCCAAGGAUACUCUGGUGUAGCCUACCAGCUCCCUAUCGCGGAAGCGUUUUGAAAUCCGCCCACACCCCCUUUGAAUCAUCUGUUUUCUUGAUUGAGAAAAACAUGCACAUAUUUAAAAUCAAUACACUACUUAUCUUUUAUCUAUAAAAUGUCUGGCACAACCAGCAAUUUUAUUUUUUACCACUUUACACAUGUAUUUUGGGAUUCCUCCUCUGUAAACGUAAUAUGUCUGAUGCGCGAGUGGUGAAGGAGUCUCAUUUCAUACAAGCACAUUUGUUUCCUUUCUUCCGCGCCUCAAUUACCUUGGGCCUUUAUCAAAAGGAGGCGAGGAGGACGCGAGGAGUCGAGCAAAACCAAUUGAGUAUCUCCCAAUGACUGGUAUAAGAAAUAAAGUGGAAACUCCCACUAGCCCAUGCCUCCACCAAUCCAAUGCUUUUAGAUUUGUAGUGUGCACUUGUUCACUUCCCUUUACUGAUUUGAAAGGAAAUGACUGGUAUAAGAAAUAUGGUGGAAACUCCCAUUAGCCCAUGCCUCCACCAAUCCAAUGAGGUAACUUACACUGAGUGCACAAAACAUUAGGAACACCUUCCUAAUAUUGAGUUGAACCCCCUUUUGUCCUCAGAGCAGCCUUAAUUCAUUGGGGCAUGGACUCUAUAAGGUGUCAAAAGCAUUCCACAGGGAUGCUGGCCCAUGUCGACUCCAAUGCUUCCCACAGUUGUCAAGUUGGCUAGAUGUCCUUUGGGUGGUGGACGAUUCUUGAUACACAAGGGAAACUGUUGAGCGUGAAAAACCCAGGAGCGUUGCAGUUCUUGUCACACUCAAACAGCUGCGCUUGGCACCUACUAUCAUACCCCAUUCAAAGGCACUUACAUCUUUUGUCUUGCCCAAUUACCCUAUGAAUGGCACACAUACACAAUCCAUAUCUCUAUUGUCUCAAAAAUCCUUCUGUAACGUGUCUCCUCCCCGUCACUGAUUUUGAAGUGGAUUUAACAAGUGACAUCAAUAAGGGAUCAUAGCUUUCACCUGGUCAGUCUGUCAUGGAAGGAACGGGUGCUCGUAAUGUUUUGUACAGUCAGUGUUAUUAGACUCAUAGGUGUCAGGUUUUUGUGAACCUUAACGCUGUUGCAGAGUGACAGCACUGGGAAGCUCGGAUUCCAUGAGUUCAAACACCUCUGGAACAAUAUCAAGAAAUGGCAGGUGAGAAUUUAUUUUCCACCAGCUUGGUAAAAACAGAAUUUCCCUUUAAUUUGAAUAACAAAGUAGUUUGAGAGUAUUGGCACUAUACAUACAUGCAUACGCACGCAUACACUACCGUUCAAAAGUUUGGGGUCACUUAGACAUUUCCUUGUUUUCUAUGAAAACAUAAAUGAAAUGACUUUGAAUAGGAAAUAUAGCAAAAUGCAUAGGAAAUGUAGUCACUGACAAGGUAAAAAAUUAAUGAUUUUUAAUAUAAAUAAUGAUUGUGUCCUUCAAACUUUGCUUUCGUCAAAGAAUCCUCCAUUUGCAGCAAUUACGGCCUUGGAGACCUUUGGCAUUCUAGUUGUCAAUUUGUUGAUGUAAUCUGAAGAGAUUUCACCCCAUGCUUCCUGAAGCACCUCCUACAAGUUGGAUUGGCUUGAUGGGCACUUCUUACGUACCAUACGGUCAAGCUGCUCCCACAACAGCUCAAUAGGGUUAAGAUCUGGUGACUGUGCUGGCCACUCCAUUAUAGACAGAAUACCAGCUGACUGCUUCUUCCCUAAAUAGUUAUUGCAUAGUUUGGAGCUGUGCUUUGGGUCAUUGUCCUGUUGUAGGAGGAAAUUGGCUCCAAUCAAGCGCCGUCCACAAAUCAAAUCAAAUUUUAUUUGCCACAUGCGCCGAAUACAACAGGUGUAGACAUUACCGUGAAAUGCUUACUUACAGGGUAUGGCAUGGCGUUGCAAAAUGGAGUGAUAGCCUUCCUUCUUCAAGAUCCCUUUUACCCUGUACAAAUCUCCCACUUUACCACAACCAAAGCACCCCUAGAUCAUCACAUUGCCUCCACAAUGCUUGACAGAUGGCAUCAGGCACUCCUCCAGCAUCUUUUCAUUUGGUCUGAGUCUCACAAAUGUUCUUCUUUGUGAUCCGAACACCUCAAACUUUGAUUAGUCUGUCCAUAACACUUUUUUCAAAUCUUCCUCUGUCCAGUGUCUGUGUUCUUUUGCCCAUCUUAAUCUUUUCUUUUUAUUGGCAAGUCUGAGAUAUGGCUUUUUCUUUGCAACUCUGCCUAGAAGGUGAGCAUCCCGGAGUCGCCUCUUCACUGUUGACGUUGAGACUGGUGUUUUGCGGGUACUAUUUAAUGAAGCUGCCAGUUGAGGACCUGUGAGGUGUCUGUUUCUCAAACUAAAGACACUAAUGUAUUUGUCCUCUUGCUCAGUUGUGCACCGGGGCCUCCCACUCCUAUUUCUAUUCUGGUUAGAGCCAUUUUGUGCUGUUCUGUGAAGGGAGGAGUACACAGCGUUGUACGAGAUCUUCAGUUUCUUGACAAUUUCUCGCAUUGAAUAGCCUUAAUUUAUCAGAACAAGAAUAGACUGACGAGUUUCAGAAGAAAGUUCUUUGUUUCUGGCCAUUUUGAUUCUGUAAUCGAACCAACAAUUGCUCAUGCUCCAGAUACUCAACUAGUCUCAAGAAGACCAGUUUUAUUGCUUCUUUAAUCAGCACAACAUUUUAAAGCUGUGCUAACAUAAUUGCAAAAGGGUUUUCUAAUGAUCAAUUAGCCUUUUUAAAAUGAUGAACUUGGAUUAGCAAACAAGACUGAUGGUAGCUGAUAAUGGGCCUCUGUAUGCCUAGAUAUUCCAUAAAAAAUCAGCCGUUUCCAGCUACAAUAGCCAUUUACAACAUUAACAAUGUCUACACUGUAUUUCUAAUCAAUUUGAUGUUAUUUUAAUGGACAAAAAAAAUUCUGAAACAAGGACAUUCAAGUGACCCCUAACAUUUCAAUAGUGUGUGUGUAUAUAUACAGUAUCUCACAAAAGUGAGUACACCCUCACAUUUUUGUAAAUAUUUGAGUAUAUCUUUUCAUGUGACAACACUGAAGAAAUGACACUUUGCUACAAUGUAAAGUAGUGAGUGUACAGCUUGUAUAACAGUGUACAUUUGCUGUCCCCCCUCAAAAUAACACCACACACAGCCAUUGUCUAAACCGCUGGCAACAAAAGUGAGUACACCGCUAAGUGAAAAUGUCCAAAUUGGGCCCAAAGUGUCAAUAUUUUGUGUGGCCACCAUCAUUUUCCAGCUCUGCCUUAACCCUCUUGGGCAUGGAGUUCACCAGAGCUUCACAGGUUGCCACUGGAGUCCUCUUCCACUCCACCAUGACGACAUCACGGAGCUGGUGGAUGUUAGAGACCUUGCACUCCUCCACCUUCCGUUUGAGGAUGCCCCACAGAUGCUCAAUAGGGUUUAGGUCUGGAGAAAUGCUUGGCCAGUCCAUCACCUUUACCCUCAGCUUCUUUAGCAAGGCAGUGGUCGUCUUGGAGGUGUGUUUGGGGUCGUUAUCAUGUUUGAAUACUGCCCUGCGGCCCAGUCUCCGAAGGGAGGGGAUCACGCUCUGCUUCAGUAUGUCACAGUACAUGUUGGCAUUCAUGGUUCCCUCAAUGAACUGUAGCUCCCCAGUGCCGGCAGAACUCAUGCAGCCCCAGCCCCAGACCAUGACACUCCCACCACCAUGCUUGACUGUAGGCAAGACACACUUGUAUUUGUACUCCUCACCUGGUUGCCGCCACACACGCUUGACACCAUCUGAACCAAAUACGUUUAUCUUGGUCUCAUCAGACCACAGGACAUGGUUCCAGUAAUCCAUGUCCUUAGUCUGCUUGUCUUCAGCAAACUGUUUGCGGGCUUUCUUGUGCAUCAUCUUUAGAAGAGGCUUCCUUCUGGGUCUGAGCACUGACAGGCUGACCCCCCACCCACCCACCCACCCACCCACCCACCCCUUCAACCUCUGUAGCAAUGCUGGCAGCACUCAUACGUCUAUUUCCCAAAGACAACCUCUGGAUAUGACGCUGAGCACGUGCACUCAACUUCUUUGGUCAACCAUGGCGAGGCCUGUUCUGAGUAAAACCUGUCCUGUUAAACCGCUGUAUGGCCUUGGCUACUGUGCUGCAGCUCAGUUUCAGGGUCUUGGCAAUCUUCUUAUAGCCCAGCCCAUCUUUAUGUAGAGCAACAAUUAUUUUUCUCAGAUCCUCAGAGAGUUCUUUGCCAUGACACCAAAUUUAACACACCUGCUCCCCAUUCACACCUGAGACCUUGUAACACUAACGAGUCACAUGACACCGGAGAGGGAAAAAAGCUAAUUGGGCCCAAUUUUGACAUUUUCACUUAGGGGUGUACUCACUUUUGUUGCCAGCGGUUUAGACAUUAAUGGCUGUGUGUGGUGUUAUUUUGAAGGGGACAGCAAAUUUACACUGUUAUACAAGCUGUACACUCAUUACUUUACAUUGUAGCAAAGUGUCAUUUCUUCAGUGUUGUCACAUGAAAAGAUAUAUUCAAAUAUUUACAAAAAUGUGAGGGGUGUACUCACUUUUGUGAGAUACUGUAUAUAUACACACACUGUUGAAAUGUUUGGGGUCACUUAAAUGUCCUUGUUUUAUAAAAAAAUUUGUCCAUUAAAAUAACAUCAAAUUGAUUAGAAAUACAGUGUAGACAUUGUUAAUGUUGUAAAUGGCUAUUGUAGCUGGAAACGGCUGAUUGAGCCUAUGUGUGUGUGUGUGUGUGUGUGUAUAUAUAUAUAUAUAUAUAUAUAUAUAUAUAUAUAUAUAUAUUACUGCUCAAAAAAAUAAAGGGAACACUUAAACAACACAAUGUAACUCCAAGUCAAUCACACUUCUGUGAAAUCAAACUGUCCACUUAGGAAGCAACACUGAUUGACAAUACAUUUCACAUGCUGUUGUGCAAUGCUAUUCAUUGACUACAGCUCAGCAUUCAACACCAUAGUGCCCUCUAAGCUCAUCACUAAGCUAAGGAUCCUGGGACUAAACACCUCCCUCUGCAACUGGAUCCUGGACUUCCUGACGGGCCGCCCCCAAGUGGUAAGGGUAGGUAACAACACAUCUGCCACACUGAUCCUCAACACGGGGGCCCCUCAGGGGUGCGUGCUCAGUCCCCUCCUGUACUCUCUGUUCACCCAUGACUGCAUGGCCAGGCACGACUCCAACACCAUCAUUAAGUUUGCCGACGACACAACAGUGGUAGGCCUGAUCACCGACAACGAUGAGACAGCCUAUAGGGAGGAGGUCAGAGAUCUGGCCGUGUGGUGCCAGGACAACAACCUCUCCCUCAACGUGACCAAGACAAAGGAGAUGAUUGUGGACUACAGGAAAAAAAAGAGGACUGAGCACGCCCCCAUUCUCAUCGACGGGGCUGUAGUGGAACAGGUUGAGAGCUUCAAGUUCCUUGGUGUCCACAUCACCAACGAACUAUCAUGGUCCAAACACACCAAGACAGUCGUGAAGAGGGCACGACAAAGCCUAUUCCCCCUCAGGAGACUAAAAAGAUUUGGCAUGGGUCCUCAGAUCCUCAAAAAAUUAUACAGCUGCACCAUCGAGAGCAUCCUGACUGGUUGCAUCACCGCCUGGUAUGGCAACUGCUUGGCCUCUGACCGCAAGGCACUACAGAGGGUAGUGCGUACGGCCCAGUACAUCACUGGGGCAAAGCUCCCUGCCAUCCAGGACCUCUAUACCAGGCGGUGUCAGAGGAAGGCCCUCAAAAUUGUCAAAGACUCCAGCCACCCUAGUCAUAGACUGUUCUCUCUGCUACCGCACGGCAAGCGGUACCGGAGUGCCAAGUCUAGGUCCAAAAGACUUCUCAACAGCUUCUACCCCCAAGCCAUAAGACUCCUGAACAGCUAAUCAUGGCUACCCGGACUAUUUGCACUGCCCCCCCCACCCCAUCCUUUUUACGCUGCUGCUACUCUGUUAAGUAUUUAUGCAUAGUCACUUUAACUCUACCCACAUGUACAUAUUACCUCAACUACCUCAACUAGCCGGUGCCCCCGCACAUUGACUAUGCAACGGUACCCCCCUGUAUAUAUAGCCUCCCUACUGUCACUUUAUUUUAUUGUAUAUAUAGCCUCCCUACUGUCACUUUAUUUUACUUCUGCUCUUUUUUUCUCAACACUUUUUUGUUGUUGUUUUAUUCUUACUUUUUUGUUUAAAAUAAAUGCACUGUUGGUUAAGGGCUGUAAGUAAGCAUUUCACUGUAAUGUCUGCACCUGUUGUAUUCGGCGCAUGUGACCAAUAAAAUUUGAUUUGAUUUGAAAUGGAAUAGACAACAGGUGGAAAUUAUAGGCAAUUAGCAAGACACCCCCAUUUAAGAAGUGGUUCUGCAGGUGGUGACCACAGACCACUUCUCAGUUCCUAUGCUUCCUGGCUGAUGUUUUGGUCACUUUUGAAUGUUGGCGGUGCUUUCACUCUAGUGGUAGCAUCAGACGGAGUCUACAACCCACACAAGUGGUUCAGGUAGUGCAGCUCAUCCAGGAUGGCACAUCAAUGCGAGCUGUGGCAAGAAGGUUUGCUGUGUCUGUCAGCGUAGUGUCCAGAGCAUGGAGGCGCUACCAGGAGACAGGCCAGUACAUCAGGAGACGUGGAGGAGGCCGUAGGAGGGCAACAACCCAGCAACAGGACCGCUACCUCCGCCUUUGUGCAAGGAGGAGCAGGAGGAGCACUGCCAGAGCCCUGCAAAAUGACCUCCAGCAGGCCACAAAUGUGCAUGUGACUGCUCAAACGGUCAGAAACAGACUCCAUGAGGGUGGUAUGAGGGCCCGACGUCCACAGGUGCAGGACGUUUGGCAUUUGCCAGAGAACACCAAGAUUGGCAAAUUCGCCACUGGCGCCCUGUGCUCUUCACAGAUAAAAGCAGGUUCACACUGAGCACAUGUGACAGACGUGACAGAGUCUGGAGACGCCGUGGAGAACGUUCUGCUGCCUGCAACAUCCUCCAGCAUGACCGGUUUGGCGGUGGGUCAGUCAUGGUGUGGGGUGGCAUUUCUUUGGGGGGCAACACAGCCCUCCAUGUGCUCGUCAGAGGUAGCCUGACUGCCAUUAGGUACCGAGAUGAGAUCCUAAGACCCCUUGUGAGACCAUAUCCUGGUGCGGUUGGCCCUGGGUUCCUCCUAAUGCAAGACCAUGCUAGACCUCAUGUGGCUGGAGUGUGUCAGCAGUUCCUGCAAGAGGAAGGCAUUGAUGCUAUGGACUGGCCUGCCCGUUCCCCAGACCUGAAUCCAAUUGAGCACAUCUGGGACAUCAUGUCUCGCUCCAUCCACCAACGCCACGUUGCACCACAGACUGUCCAGGAGUUGGCGGAUGCUUUAGUCCAGGUCUGGGAGGAGAGCCCUCAGGAGACCAUCUGCCACCUCAUCAGGAGCAUGCCCAGGCAUUGUAGGGAGGUCAUACAGGCACGUGGAGGCCACACACACUACUGAGCCUCAUUUUGACUUGUUUUAAGGACAUUUACAUCAAAGUUGGAUCAGCCUGUAGUGUGGUUUUCCACUUUAAUUUUGAGGGUGACUCCAAAUCCAGACCUCCAUGGGUUGAUAAAUUUGAUUUCCAUUGAUAAUUUUUGUGUGAUUUUGUUGUCAGCACAUUCAACUAUGUAAAGAAAAAAUUAUUUCAUUCAUUCAGAUCUAGGAUGUGUUAUUUUAGUGUUCCCUUUAUUUUUUUGAGUAGUGUGUAUAUAUACUACCAGUCAAAAGUUUGGAUAACACAUAUGGAAUCAUGUAGUAACCAAAAAAAGUGUUUAACAAAUCAAAAUAUAUUUUAUUUGAGAUUCUUCAAAUUGCCACCCUUUGCCUUGAUGACAGCUUUGCACACUCUUGGUAUUCUCUCAACCAGCUUCAUGAGGUAGUCACCUGGAAUGCAUUUCAAUUAACAGGUGUGCCUUCUUUAAAAGUUAAUUUGUGGAAUUUCUUUCCUUAAUGCGUUUGAGCCAAAUAGUUGUGUUGUGACAAGGUAGGGGGGUAUACAGAAAAUAGCCCUAUUUGGUAAAAGACAAAGUCCAUAUUAUGGCAAGAACAACUCAAAUAAGCAAAGAGAAAUGACAGUCCAUCAUUACUUUAAGACGUGAAGGUCAGUCAAUCCGGAAAAUGUGAAAAACUUUUAACGUUUCUUCAAGUGCAGUUGCAAAAACCAUCAAGCACUAUGAUGAAACUGGCUCUACUGAGGAACGCCACAGGAAAGUAAGACCCAGAGUUACCUCUGCUGCAGAGGAUAAGUUCAUUAGUUACCAGCCUCAGAAAUGGCAGCCCAAAUAAGUUCUUCACAGAGUUCAAGUAACAGACACGUCAACAUCAACUGUUUAGAGGAGACUGCGUGAAUCAGGACUUCAUGGUCGAUUGCUGCAAAGAAAUCACUACUAAAGGACACCAAUAAGAAGAAGAGACUUGCUUGGGCCAAGAAACACGAGCAAUGGACAUUAGACCGGUGGAAAACUGUCCUUUUGGUCUGGAGUCCAAAUUUGAGAUUUUUGGUUCCAACCGCUGUGUCUUUAUGAGACGCAGUGUAGGUGAACGGAUGAUCUCUGCAUUUGUAGUUCCCACCGUGAAGCAUGGAGGUGUGAUGGUGUUUUUUUUUUUUUUCUGUUGACACGGUCUGUCAUUUAUUUAGAAUUCAAGGCACAUAAGCCAUCCCAUCUGGUUUGGGCUUAGUGGGAAAAUAAUUUGUUUUUCAACAGGACAAUGACCCAACACACCUCCAGGCUGUUUAAGGGCUAAUUGACCAAGAAGGAGAGUGAUGGAGUGCUGCAUCAGAUGACCUGGCCUCCACAAUCCCCCGACCUCAACCCAAUUGAGAUUAUUUGGGAUGAGUUGGACCGCAGAGUAAAGGAAAAGCAGCCAACAAGUGCUCAGCAUAUGUGGGAACUCCUUCAAGACUGUUGGAAAAGCAUUCCAGGUGAGGCUGGUUGAGAGAAUGCCAAGAGUGUGCAAAGCUGUCAAAGGUAAAGGUGGCUACUUGGAAGAAUCUCAAAUAUAUUUUGAUUUGUUUAACACUUUUUUUGGUUACUACAUGAUUCCACGUCUUAUUUCAUAGUUUUGAUGUCUUUACUAUUAUUCUACAAUGUAGAAAAUAGUAAAAAUAAAGAAAAACCCUUGAAUGAGUAGGUGUUCUAAAACCUUUGACCGGUAAUGUACAUAGUAUUAUAAUGAGAAAGUAUGAUAAAAAUGUGUAACCAUGGAGAUUUAACAUAGAUGUAUUAUACAACAUACAAAUGUAUCUCACUAUAUACAGUGCCUUCGGAAAGUAUUCAGACCCCUUGACUUUUAUAAAUUGUUACGUUACAGCCUUAUUCUAAAAUUGAUUCAAUAUUUUUUUCCUCAUCAAUCUACACACAAUACACCAUAAAGAUAAAGCGACAACAGGUUUAGACAUUUUUGCACAUUUAUUUAAAAUAAAAAAACAGAUACCGUAUUUACAUAAGUGUUCAGACCCUUUGCUAUGCGACUCAAAAUUGAGCUCUGGUGCAUCCUGUUUCCGUUGAUCAUCCUUGAUGUUUCUACAACUUGAUUGGAGUCCACCUGUGGUAAAUUAAAUUGACUGGACAUGAUUUGGAAAGGCACACCUUUCUAUAAAAGGUCCCACAGUUGACAGUGCAUGUCAGACCAAAAACCAAGCCAUGGGGUCGAAGGAAUUGUCUGUAGAGCUCCGAGACAGGGUUGUGUCGAGGCACAGAUCUGGGGAAGGGUACCCAAAAAAUUAUGCAGCAUUGAAGGUCCCGAAGAACACAGUGGCCUAGAUCAUUCUUAAAUGGAAGAAGUUUGGAACCACCAAGACUCUUCCUAGAUCUGGCCGCUCUGCCAAACUGAGCAAUCGAUGGUCACUCUGACAGAGCUCUAGACUUCCUCUGUGGCAAUGGGAGAACCUUCCAGAAGGACAACCAUCUCUGCAGCACUCCACCAAUCAGGCCUUUAUGGUGGAGUGGCCAGACAGAAGCCACUCCUCAGGAAAAGGCACAUGACAGCCCGCUUGGAGUUUGCCAAAAGGCACCUAAAGACUCUCAGACCAUGAGAAACAAGAUUCUCUGGUCUGAUGAAACCAAGAUUGAACUCUUUGGCCUGAAUGCAAAGUGUCAAGUCUGGAGGAAACCUGGCACCAUCCCUACGGUGAAGCAUGGUGGUGGCAGCAUCACUGGGAGACUAGUCAGGAUUGAGGCAAAGAUGAACGGAGCAAAGUACAGAGAUAUCCUUGAUGAAAACCUGCUCAGGACCUCCGACUGGGGUGAAGGUUCACCUUCCAACAGGACAACGACCCUAAGCACACAGCCAAAACAACGCAGGAGUAGCUUCGGGACAAGUCUCUGAAUGUCCUUGAGCGGCCAAGCCAGAGCCCGGACUUGAACCUGAUCUAACGUCUCUGGAGAGACCUGAAAAUAGCUGUGCAGCAACGCACCCCAUCCAACCUGACAGAGCUUGAGAGGAUCUGCAGAGACGAAUGGGAGAAACUCCCCAAAUACAGGUGUGCCAAGCUUGUAGCGUCAUACCCAAGAAACGCUAUGCUGUAAUCGCUGCCAAAGGUGCUUCAACAAAGUACUGAGUAAAGGUCUGAACACUUAUGUAAAUGUGAUUUUAACUUUUCAUAAAUUAGCAAAUAUUUCAAAAAAAUGGUUUUUGCUUUGUCAUUAUGGGGUUUUGUGUGUAGAUUGAGGGGGGUAGGAACAAUGUAAUCAAUUUUUGAAUAAGGCUCUAACGUAACAAAACGUGGAAAAAGUCAAGGGGUCUGAAUACUUUCCGAAGGCACUGUGUGUGUAUGUUUUAUGAUAAAUUUUUCUUCCAGGGUGUGUAUAAGACUUAUGACACUGAUGGCUCUGGGGUUAUUGGUGCAGAUGAGCUGCCCAACGCUUUCAGGGCGGCAGGUAAGAGCUAUCAUCUAGCACAGAAACAUUUUUGCUGUUUGCCAGACACUUUUUACAGCAUAUAUCUUGAAACAGUGUGAUAUCCAUACAUUUUGAAUCUCUAAGUUCUUAAGUAAAUUGGCGUUUGAUCAAGAAAUCCUGUGUUAUUCUUUCUAGCUUUCUAGAUAUCAGCUGUUCAGUUUGGACCAAGGAUGUACAUAACAUGUAAAUAUGUGUGUCUAUGUUUGGACACAGGCUUCCCCCUCAAUGAUCAGCUGUUCCAGAUGAUAAUUCGCAGAUACAGUGACGAGAACGGGAACAUGGACUUUGACAACUACAUUGGCUGCCUUGUGAGACUGGACGCUAUGUGCCGUAAGUCCGAUUCCCUGCUCUUUCCUAUCUCAUCAUCAUUGCAAGGGUUAUUUUAGCUCUGUAUAGGCGUUAGAUGUAAGUAAGUAAAUAAAUAAAUAGCAUAUGCAUUACCCUUUUGUUACAUUUGUUGUGUGUCAGUACAACUAAUGGUACUUUGAAAAUAAUGGGGUACAUACAUAAUCAUUGGGAAAUUGACAAAGUUGUUUUCUCUCUAAAAGUAGAAUUAUCUUCCUGAUUCAGGUGCCUUCAAAACCUUAGACAAGGAUAACAAUGGAACUAUUAAGGUCAACGUUCAAGAGGUAAGAAUGUCACACUUAAAAGCUGGAACAAUUAAACGGUUUUAUGAAUGUAAUUAGCCUAGCAGAACUACUUUAGGAACAACAUUGUAGAGUGAUGCCGACAAUAUCACACAACACGAGGUCAAAACCCACCAUUGUAUAGGGUUGAUGUCAAACAAUUGUUUUUCUGUCUCUCUGCAGUGGCUCCAGUUGACGAUGUACUCCUGAGGACAUUAAAUGCCUACUGGUGUUUACAAAACCAAUCUGUCUCUACUUCGCGCUGCGCUUUAGACCACUCCAAGGACCCCCUAUGUCAGUCAACCAGUCCCCCGGUGUAUGCAUGUUUCCCUACAUGCUUUGCAACCUACACAAUGUGAAUACAGCAUACAACAAAAUGGGAGUUCUAGACGAAGUUGUAGACUAUUGUGGUAGCAAAAACCUUUUAAAUUCAAAAGAACCUCUACACCGGCUAUGGCCGUCUUCACCUUUCAAAGAACUCUCCCAAAUGGUAGUCAUUUCACAAUUAUUUAAGCCAGUUAAGAAAUAGUCUGUCACAUAUGAUGUAGCUACACAACGCCAGGACAAUGUUAGUUUUUGUCAUGUCUCACAACCAUUUUUUUUUGUGCCAUUGCUUCAUGAAGCCAACAGAUGCCAUUUAAGGAUUGGGUAAAUGUUGCCAUAAGUCACUGAAUUGUUAUUGAUUUUGUAAUGCUCAGUGUCAUAUUUUGUAUGGCAUUAAAGAAAUCUUAAUGUA